AUGCAACUCAAAUGGGGUAUUGUUGGAGCAGGUCGUAUUUGUUACGAUUUUUGUCUUGCAUUAUUGACUUGUGAUUCUCAUGAACAUGUUAUUAUUGCUAUUAGUUCUCGAGAUACAACAGGAGCUGACAAUAUUGUUAAAGAAUUGGAUCUUGGAAAUCAAGUUUGUACAUAUGGUUCACAAGAAGAAUUAUUUCAAGAUCCAAAUGUUGAUAUUGCUUAUAUUGGAACAAUGGAACAUUUUCGUCGAGAUUUAUGUAUUAAAGCCUUAAAUCAUAAUAAACAUGUUUUAUGUGAAAAACCACUAGCAAUGAAUGCAGAUGAAGUUCAAUAA